CCGAACACGUGUUCGUAAUACUUCGCGGUAAAAGUGUAGCAUCUCCUUCUACUGGAAGACUUAACCAUGAGCGAGUCAAGAGAUUCAGCUUCACGUAAGAGGAAGUCUUCCCGUUCGAGAGAAUCUACGGACAGUUCGUCGACAUCGUCAUCUUCGGAGCGGGGGGUCGAUUUGGACCCACGCGGAAACGUCCGUUUCCGCUCCGUGAGUAAACGUUCCCGCCAUGUGAGUAAUGAACAAUUUGAACAUUUAUCGCAGCAAGUUUCUUAUCUGACUAACUUAAUAAUGUGCAGUAAUAGUGAUACGCGAGUGCGCGAUUCGGACAUAAAUGUAACGGGCGAUAGUUCGAAAAAUAAUCCCGCGAGUGUUUCGAACAAUUUGCUCGAGUUGCAGCCGCCGCAACGGCCUGUGCAAGACUUAAAGUUAUCGGAUCUGUCCACGACCGUAAAAGAUCCUUUGUUUCCAAAAUCGAGUGACGAACAUUUUAAAAGAAUUUUUGAUUUACAAAGAUUUAAAAGCAGCGACUGGAAUUGUAUUCGUUUUUCGGACGCGCAAAAGAAAUAUGCUUCCGUUCCUGGCUUUAUCGAAAUGAACGUCAACGACGAGCUCAGGCGUUUCGCCCCGUCGGUCACGGACGAAAGGUCAUCGCGUUUCUAUUUAACCGAACGCAGUUUCGCUGCGAUUUCAAAUGCUAUUUUAAAACAAAAGGAUGAGUUACGUAAUAAUUUACAAUCGUUGAUAAAUUGGGCUAGAGAUAACGAACAAUAUUUAACUGCUACAUCCUUGUUUGAGAAAAUUGAACAAUUAUUUAGUAAAGAUUCCGGGUAUACGAAAGUUUCGGACGAUAUUUUACAAAUUGUUUGCGGUCGUCGGGCCGAUUUAAUUAACGUUCGCAGGGAAGCAGUAUUAAGACAAAUACCUGAAGAAUAUCACAGUAGUGCAUUACAAAAAAUUCCUCCUGAUGGAGAAUUUUUAUUCGAUAAAGACAUUUUGUCGUCGUAUCUUCAAAAAGUUGGGGGGGCCGAUAAACUCACUCCUACGGCAGGUCCGUCCACACAAAACCGUUACACAGGACUCUCCGCACCUGCUCAUCAUUCUGCUACCAUCUCUAACCAUAAGCAGUCUGAUAUGUUUUUUCGAUCGUCGUACAAUAAACCAAAACCGAACAAUCGAAAAUCGAAACAACCACCUAACAGACGUUCUAACUAUAAGAACAAGCGCAAUAGCCGAAACAAACCGCGGCCAAAGGCACGUUCGCCGAGUAACCGGUAUCAAUGACUGGCCCAAAUUUCGAGGAGGUU